CGUUGCUUGCUUGCCGAUCGAAAAGUUUACUCGACUUUCGUUUGCGGAAAGGGACACGCCAUCGUUUUUGCUUGGAAAGUGAAUUUUACCUCAGAAAAUCGCACAAAAAUGGGUAUGAUGGAAUCUCUCGGUGUCGACGGACUGCUCAGCGACGUCCAACGGAUGGACAAACGACAGUUUUUCUUCCAGGUUUUGAGCUUCGGAAUGAUCGUUUCCUCAGCGCUGAUGAUCUGGAAGGGUUUGAUGGUGGUCACCGGAAGCGAAUCGCCCAUUGUGGUGGUCCUCAGUGGCAGUAUGGAACCGGCUUUCCAUCGCGGGGAUUUGCUGUUCCUGACCAACCAGGAGGAACCGGUGCGUGUGGGUGAAAUCGUGGUGUUCAAAAUCGAAGGCCGGGACAUUCCGAUCGUCCAUCGGGUGAUCAAGCUGCACGAGAAGAACAACGGAACGGUCAAGUUCCUGACCAAGGGCGAUAACAACUCGGUCGACGAUCGGGGUCUUUACGCCCCGGGGCAACUGUGGCUCACCAAGAAGGACAUUGUGGGCCGGGCUAGGGGAUUUUUGCCGUACGUUGGAAUGAUCACAAUUUACAUGAACGAGUACCCGAAUCUGAAGUACGGCAUUCUGGGGCUGCUGGCGGUGUAUGUGCUGCUGCAUAGGGAAUAGAUCUCUUCGUACCUAUAAGUCUGUUUAGGAAGAAAGGCGCAUUUUCUAGUUUAAAUAACCGUCUGAAACAUUAAGGUGAACGACUUACGAGGAACAUGCUGGAAGCUUUUCGUUUCGUAUCAUGCGGGCGUAAAAUAGGACGAAACAGCAGGCUUGUCCGCACUGAGCGCAUGAAAAUUUUGCUCUUUGGAUUUACACCAUCAAGUACAUGAUAAAUUAGAAAUCUUUUCAUCUUAUCAGAUAGAAGGGUGUUGAAAUAUUGUAAAUGUCAUUUCUAACUGUCAAAAAACCGCACCGCAGAGCCACACGGAGCGCGCAAAGAGAUUUUCACCCGGGUAAAAACACUCUAGUGAAUUUCACUUUGAACGGCCCGUGCGGCGCUGCGGUGCGGUUUUUUGACAGUUCGAAAUGACAUUUACAAUAUUUCAACAUCCUUCUAUCUGAUAAGAUGAAAAGAUUUCUAAUUUAUUAUGUGCUUGAUGGUGUAAAUCCAAAGAGCAGAAUUUUCAUGCGCUCAGUGCGGACAAGCCUGCGAAACAGCAAGCUAAAUAUUAAAAAGACUUAAUUCUGUUUUGUUAAAACUAUCUUCUUAACAGAAUUCUUGAAGUUUCACGUCACUUGGCUCCAUUAAUGCAGUUACGCCCGUACGAUGCCAAAUGUUGGGUUUUUAGACAGAACAACUGAAUUACAAUGUGUGAAAAUGUGAAAAACGAAAAUACACAAAAUGUCAAACUUCUCCAAACCGUA